UUAGUGUGUAGACCACGCUCAUCUUCAGUUCGCGAUAUAGACACCCACUGGAAUACUCGAUCGGCAACGUGUUGCAGACACCUUGCCGAAAAUAGCGAGCCAAGGAACGAAGACACUCAGCUCAGUUUUAGGCUCCAAGCUCUUAUCGAUUUCUAAAACAGCAUUAGCUCUGAUAGCUCUGACAGUGGCUUUGGUCGGGAACCUAUCCCUCAGAAGGAACAGCUGGACGGCGCCAAUGACGACCCUCCGCAGGUGUCGCAGCACAAGAGUAAUACAGACGGGUCCACGUAAUGCGCUGCAUUUGGACCAUUUCGAGCGAUCUCAGGGAUGGAGACACCUGGUUUCAGAUAUUCAUCAUUAUUAACGAGAGCAUACACAGACUCUCUUGGACAUCCUCGCCCCAAUUUGCUCGAUAACGAGGCCCUGAGCACAAUGCAUAACAUCUUCGCACGCAUCACCUGCGCCCUCGGGCAGCAAUCAAGGGGCGAUAUCUCUUAACGAUUGAGCUUGCGACUAAGGUUCAGUCGCUAGGGCGGCUUCGUGCUCCCGCGUACUGACUUCCCACGAUUGAAUACAUACUUGUGUGCUCAAACGUCCUCUCAGUGAUGCCUGCUUCUGCUCCCGCGAGGGCCAAUGCAGGCCCAAGGAUGUCUCCCGGACAACAAUUUCAGAGGUUAUUGCAAAGGCCAGUGUCGCCGCGCGUCAAAAUCUUCGGUGGCUUGGCCGUCCUAGUCAUCGUCCUCGCCGUCGUUUUUAGCGAAGGACUCAUGGCUGUAGCCAUGGACCACAGCGAUAAUUGGGUGGCGGGAAUGGUAGACGAUAUCGUUGGCAACGAUAGUGGAAUCAUGCUUUUGGGACAUGUCUAUAAUAUUGACAUACCGGCUCGUCAAGUAGACGUUUCAUGGUUGAUCUUGGGCUGCGGAAAUUUCAGGCUUCCCCCUACGGUCGUGUAUUCGAAGGAGGGUCAUUGCGGUAACUUAAACGCCACUGUGGACUUCUAUGUGGAUGGCGCAACUCAGCCUACUUAUUCCUAUGACAUCAAAGCCAAUCCCAGAGAUCUAAACAGUAAUAUACCGAUAUUUGUUCAAGCCAUGGAAAGCUUCACGACGACCCACCUUCUUGUUCUGUACGCCUGGCGCGGCCUCGACCAACAGUAUGGCUUCCCGUUCGACGGCUACCAGCUCGACACGACCUUCUUCGCGGUCUCUCCAGACACAAAUGACAGUGUUCCGAUCCUCGGCCUGCGUCCGAUCUCGUCCACGAACAACUUCAACCCGGCGCUGCACUAUGACAACCAAACGACGAGCACGAAUGCCUCGGGUGCGACCGUCAGCACGCGGACGAUGGAGAUGAAGUUCGCGCGCACCGGCUUCGCGCGGACGUACGUCAUGACGCUCUUCAUCGUCAACUGGGGCCUCACAGCCGUCGUCGUGUUCAUCACCGUCACCGCCUGGGUGGGCAAGGAGGUCACGGAAUCGAUACUACUCCUGCCUAUCAGCGUUAUCUUGACGAUUCCUGCCCUGCGGGCUCUCUGGGACGGCGCGCCCCCAUUCGGUCUUCUGUUAGACUCCUGUGGGACGUUCCUCCAAAUGGUCAUCGUCUCCGUCUGUUCGAUGUUCCUCGUCGUACAAGUUGGUCUCAGCAAUAAUGCCACAACCAAGCCGUCCGCGCAAGCUGUCCCACUGCCCUCCGCGCACACCACGGGUUAUGCGUACCAGCCGGUGUUGGAAUCCGACGAGAAGGUAGUGUCAGGGCCUAUUCUUGAGGAAGCAGUGUAAGAAAGAUGAUUCUGUGUAUCGUCAAGCCGUCUUAAACGUGGCAUGUAUGUCUUUGCAUUGUAGCCCUUGUACCCUUUUGCACGUUAUCUAUCGCCAGGACUUCCAAGGUACAAGCGAAACAUGUACAUAUAUCCACACCAAUAAAUA